AACUGUAAUGUCAGAAACAGCGCCCCCUAUCGUACGCCGUCUAUAUAACGCAUAGGUUACAAAACACAAGCACGCAGCCAUUGAAGUCACGUGUUCUGCAGCGUUAUGCAAACAGAAGUUCCUGGUGCUGAUUUGCAGCAGUUUAAGAUCACCGUCACAGGCUGGCAAAAUGAAAAGCAAGCCCACCAAGAGACUAGCAAAUGGAUCAAAAAGUAAAAUGACGAAAAGAGCCGCAGAGGACUCUGGCCUGUCGCCGACUAAAAAACUGCGAGACAAGAUAGAUGGAGAAACAUCCAAAGCAGGACCUCCUUACAGUUCUGCAGGAGCCCAGAGGAAGAAUGGCCAUGGGAGCAUUUUGCACUAUAUAUACAAGAGCACUCUGGGUCAGAGUUUGCACUCUCAGAUGAGACGGUGUCUCCAGGAGCCCUUCGUUCGAUCUCUGUCAUCCUAUCAUUUCCACGGUGCCGGCAGUCCGUUCGACCGCAGGAUCACCUGUCUGGAGUGGCACCCCACUCACCCCACCACUGUGGCGGCUGCCUCGAAAGGGGGGGACAUUUUUCUGUGGGACUUUGAGAAGUCUGAGAAGAAAAGCUUUAUUCGAGGGAACGGAGCAGGAGACUUUAUUGGAGGGAUGAAGUUUUGCUCCACAGACCUUUCCAGAAUUUAUGCGGCCUCUGGUGAGGGGACACUGAGCCUGCAGAGCUUUGAGGGCCACACUCCCACCCUACUGUCCAGAACUCAAGACUGUGGUCAUGAUCACCACAAUGUUUGCUUUUGGUACUGUUGCGUCGAUGUGUCUGUGAGUCGACAGAUGCUUGUGACUGGGGACAACGUGGGAGAGCUCAUACUUCUGGGUCUGGACGGGCAAAAGAUUUUCAGCAGCAAGUUGCACAAAGCCAAAGUGACACAUGCAGAGUUUAACUCCCGAUGCGACUGGUUGCUGGCGACGGCCUCGGUUGAUCACACGGUGAAGCUUUGGGACCUGAGGAACAUCAAGGACAAGAAGAGCUUCCUCCACGAACUGCCUCACGAGAGAGCUGUCAACUCAGCCUAUUUCAACCCUCUGGACUGCUCCAAGCUGCUCACCACAGACCAGCACGACCAGAUCCGCGUGUACUCGUCCUGUGACUGGUCGAAGCCUCAGCACAUCAUCCAGCACCCACACAGACAGUUCCAGCACCUCACUCCCAUCAAGGCCACAUGGCAUCCCCUGCAUGACCUGAUUGUGGUGGGGCGUUACCCGGAUGACCGCGUCUGUCCUGGAGAUCAGAGAACCAUUGACCUCUUUGACUCCAACAGUGGGGAGCUGGUGUUUCAGAUGUAUGAUUCCACUGCCUCAGGGAUCAAAUCUAUCAACAAGUUCAGUCCGAUGGGCGACGUCAUCGGAUCUGGAAUGGGUGUAACACUACUGAUCUGGGACCACGAUGAGUCGUUUGUCAGCGACCGACACAAACCGCUUGAGGAAACAUCAGCUUCAGCGGAAGGGUUAAGAGGUCAGCGAAGGAAUCAGCAGCGCUCUAGCAGAGACCGGAGGGGUCUGGCUGGGGAUGCAAACCUGAAGAAAAAGCUAGCUUCUCUGGAAGAAAGGGAGACCAAAACCAAAACCAGGUGCACCAAACAAAAACAAACUCAGAUGAGGAAGAAGUAAACUGUCAGAGAACUAAAAUAUUUACAAUUUUUCUGUACAUUUCUCUAUUACUGGUUGUGUUUCUAAGAUCAGGGAUUGUUUGCAUGUUCAAAAAAUGUUCUUGAUACUUUUAUAUGAACCAUUUAUAUUUAAAGGGCUGUGUACAUUUUCCCAGCACUUUUUCUACUGUAAAACAAUAAAUAUCCUUAUUCAUA